ACGGCAAAGUUUCUUGUUCGCUUUCUUAUUUUUUCCUUCACAUCUCGGGCUAAAUAAAUCAAAAGUCUUUUGGGCGCUUAACGAAAAGAAAAAAUAUGUUAGGAAAACGGGGAAAUGCGAGGCCAAAGCCCAAAAGUCGGCGCCAAAUUGAAUUACGGCUUUAAUUGGGAAAUUUGUGGCUGAACUCUUGAGGACAUUAAUGCAGCUCACCCAGAUUUAUUCACAUUUAUGUCCGGAUGGGGUUGCUGUUUGUUUUAAGCCAGUCUGUGGGCAUUUUUCAUGAAUGUCCUUGCAGUUAAUUGGUAUUCAAUUCGACUGGAGUUGUCCUGGCUUUGGAAGGCUUAAUCCUAGUUUCAUCCCAUUAAAAAUCACUCCCCUUCUUUCAGUAUAUCGAAGUAGAAACUUAAAAGUAGGAACUCUACAAUCUUACAACCAUUUCUUUCUCUAAUUUUCUAACCCUUUCCCAGCCUUUGCUCCUUCUCCACUACUAGCAAUGUUACUUGAAUUGGUCAUCCUGAGCAUACCAGUGUGUGGGUUCUUCUUUUGGCUGCAUGGUCUCUACCUGUAUGUCCUGGAGCUGCUCUUCGAAUGGAUUGCCCAGCAGCUGGCGAUAACCCACAGGAUACGAGUGCGUGAGGAGCGCCUUCAACUGGGCCAAAAAUGGGGGUCCGUGAAUAAGCAAAAGAGGAAGGACUCGGAAUCCCCGGAUAAGAAACAGGACAAAGGUGACUGUCCGAAGAGGCAAGCCUCGCCGCCUAUAAAGAACCGUCUGACCAUCCGGGUGGAGCAGUGCUGCGACUUGAUAACCGCCGGAUUGGGUUUGGUGCUGGAGGACGAAGUGACCCAGAGGUUUGUGGCCCCGCCAUCGCCCCCUGGAGAAUGGAACCUACUCACGCGGAAUCUUCGCCAGAAGAAACGAUACCUAAACUGGCGCUUAAGGAUUGUCUGGCUUUUGGGCUGGUUUACGCGCUAUGGAGUGCUGUUGCCGUUGAGGACCACAGCAUGUUGGAUGUGCUUGUUCAUGAUCAGUGGGGUUUCGGUGCUGUUGGGUAACCUCCCCGAGUGGUAUUUAAAGAAGCAUCUGGUGGAGCUGGUCCUGAAGCAGUGCUUCCGCACUACCGCCUCCUGCCUUCCGAUGAUCCGGAGGUUCCACAACACGCAAUACCGACCCACCCAGGGCAUCUGUGUGUGCAAUCAUACCAGUCCAUUGGACGUCUUGGCGCUGAUGUGCGAUGCCAACUACUCGCUGACUGGCCAAGUGCACACUGGCAUCCUGGGGAUCCUGCAGCGCUCCCUCUCGAGGAUCUCUCCUCACAUCUGGUUCGAUCGCAAGGAGCUGGCCGAUCGUGAAGCCCUCAGCACGGUCCUUCGCCAGCACUGCUCCUCGACGGGACGUCCUCCAGUUCUCCUCUUUCCCGAGGGCACGUGCAUCAACAACACGGCUGUGAUGCAGUUCAAGAAGGGCAGUUUCGCUGUUAGUGACAUUGUCUAUCCGGUGGCCAUUCGGUACGAUCGCCGGUUCGGUGAAGCCUACUGGGACAGCGCCAAGCACUCCAUGCUCAGAUAUAUGCUGAUGGUGGUCAGUUCGUGGUGCAUCUGCUGCGACGUCUGGUACAUGCCGCCGCUCCGGCGACUUGCCAAAGAGUCAGCGGUGGAGUUCUCCAACCGAGUGAAGGCCGCCAUUGCCGCUCAGGCGGAUAUCGUUGAUCUGCCCUGGGAUGGAAACCUGAAGCGUUGGAGUCCGGUGAGGGACUGGCAGUAGGCCAGCCAACAUUAUGUUACCCCCUAACCAUCCUAAUUCUAAAAGAAAAUUUAAGCACAAACCAAGAUAUUCCACGAUGUAGUUUAUACCCUUUUCCACCAUUCCAUCCUCACUAUAUUGUAUAACGAUUUUAUAAUGAUAUCUUACGAGAAAACAGAGUGACAUUAGAUAUGUCACACCACAACCCCGA